ACUGUUUCACACGAGCACAGAGAGAGACAGUGUUAGUGUGGUUGGGUGGGGGUGUGUAGGGUGUUGCUAACCCCAUUAAGCAGAUGUUACUCGAUAUGUGUACUUAAUCCACUUAUCUUCCGAGUCAUGCAUGUGCCAUUUGCAGUAUGUGGUCGAACCCAUAGAUGGAGGGACAGAUACACUGCUGGAAAAGUCGAUUGAACCGUCAGGUAGGGCCACGGUCAUUUAGAAGCCAAACUUUCGAUUGGACAACAGAGUCCAAAGACCCGCCUCGCUGUUCGAAGCACGGAUUACUAUUGGUCCACAGAGCCAGGAUCCAAACGCAUGCUGCUGACGUCGCACAGGCGCUGGGACUCCUGUGGCGAUGUUGUGGUCAUACACGCCGCCGGUUUUAAGAGUCUUAUCUUGCGCACACUCCUUGUAGCCCUGGUCCCUCACAUGCAUGGAGUCAAGAGCCCACCGUGCGUGGCCACACUGGAGAUGUCGGAGAACGAGGGCCGAGAGGACGAGGGGGACGGGGACUACGAGAGCCUGCCGCCUCAUGUCUCGUUGACGACCCACAUGACAGCGGGGGCCGUGGCGGGCGUGCUGGAGCACACGGUCAUGUACCCCGUGGACUCGGUCAAGAGACUCCAAAUCAAUAAAAAGUGUUGGUGCAAUGAUGAAAUAUUGUUUGCUUCCCUCACCAGGAUGCAGAGCCUGCAGCCAGAUCCCAAGGCCCAGUACAGUGGGGUCUACCAGGCCCUGAAGAGGAUCAUCCAGACGGAGGGGCUGUUCAGACCGCUGAGGGGGCUGAACAUCACCAUGCUGGGUGCCGGCCCCGCCCACGCCCUCUACUUCGCCUGUUACGAGCAGGCCAAGCACUCCCUGAGCCACACCUUCCAGAGCAAGGGCAACAGCCACUUGGCUAACGGUCUAGCAGGAAGCAUAGCAACUGUCCUCCACGACGCCAUCAUGAACCCUGCAGAAGUGGUGAAGCAGAGGAUGCAGAUGUACAACUCCCCGUACCGGGGCCUGUGGGACUGCGUGCGGACCAUGACGCGCACCGAGGGCCCGGGGGCCUUCUACCGCAGCUACAGCACGCAGCUCACCAUGAACAUCCCCUUCCAGGCCAUGCACUUCAUCACCUACGAGCUAAUGCAGGAGCGGCUCAACCCCCAGCGCCAGUACCACCCGGGCAGCCACGUGGCGGCGGGCGCGCUGGCGGGCGCCGUGUCGGCCGCCGUCACCACGCCGCUGGACGUGUGCAAGACGCUGCUCAACACGCAGGAGAACACGGCGCUGGACUCCGUGCGCGUCAGCGGCCACCUGACGGGCAUGGCCAACGCCUUCAGGACGGUGUACCGGCUGGGCGGUGCCGCGGCCUUCUUCAAAGGCGUGCAGGCGCGCGUCAUCUACCAGAUGCCGUCCACGGCCAUCGCCUGGUCGGUGUACGAGUUCUUCAAGUACUUCAUGACCCAGCAGCAGCUGGAGCGCGAGGCGUCCAGAGGCUCCCGCUAGCCGGAGGAUAGCCGCCGCGAGGGAUGCCAAAAGAACGGAGCGAGGGAAGCGGAGAGCGGCAAGCGUGACGGUGGGACGACGGGCGUGUCCGGUGUGACGGCGUGGAGCCGCCUGAGCGACGACGGCGCCUCACCGGUUUUACCUGGGCCUUGUUGCAAAGGCCUUCCAGGAAAAGGAUUUGCAAUGUGACACUGCGUGGCACUACCUACUUCCUACACAACCUUCACUCUUUUUGUUUCUGUUCCCACCGAGCGCUCGCGAGUGGCCCUUCAGAGAGGAGCGUCAGGCGAGCAGGCAGCCAAGCGAGAGAGAGAGGCCUAUUCUCGUCUGUUUACCUCCUCCCUCCACAACGCUCACAGAAGUCACUUCUGCUCAUUGUGUGCAUUGAUUGUUUGCCUUCACUUGGGUGUUUAUAGUUCUAAUAUGGGAACUUUUUAUUUAUACUAUCAUUGCAUUCUUCUGGCGUUUGUAUUUAUGUGUGUGGAACAAACACAGGGCUCUCUGCUUGCAUUCCUUCUGAGUGUUUUUAUAACAAACUGCUUUUGGGGCAUUAUUUUAUUCUCUGUUCCCAAAGGCUCUUGCAGGGCAUGUCAACAUUUUAUGUCUUUACAAUAUUUCCUACUGGUUCCUGUAGCUGUCAUUUGAACAUGGAGAUAAACUCUUCUAUUGGGCCCCUCCUGAUGCCACACGUGUCAGAUCUCAUAAUGAGGGGUCAGAUAUUGUUAGCGGUGGUCCUCUUGUUGUCAGGAUUAUGAAUAGCUGAAAAUUAUAUUUUCGUCUUUCUGAGAGCACCGCACGCACUCUCUCAGUAUCAGAGCUGUAGACCGCAGCGGUCCUCAUAUCGCCUUGUUUUAGGUGCAGUACUGCAUUGUUCCAAUCACGCACAGUGUGUGUGUGUGUGUGUGUGUGUGUGUGUGUGUGUGUGUGUGUGUGUGUGUGUGUGUGUGUGUGUGUGUGUGUGUGUGUGUGUGUGUGUGUGUGUGUGUGUGUGUGUGUGUGUGUGUGUGUGU